GAAAGCGGAAGCGAAAUUUUCACUCAAAGAUCAUUUUGGCCUCUCUUUCUCUCUCUCUCCUAUCACUAACAUCCUCUCUCCCUCUCUCUCUCUCUCUCUGUACACACACACACAUAUAUAUAUGUACACACAAAUUAUUCUGUAAACACUGCGAGAUCUAACCUAUAUACCUACUGCUGUAACUCCAUCUGCUCAAAGAUUCAGCGAUGGAUUUCAUGAAGGUUAUUGAUCAAACAGUCCGCGAAAUUAAGAGGGAGGUAAAUUUGAAAGUUUUGAAGGUCCCUGAGAUCGAACAGAAGGUAUUGGAUGCAACGGAUGAUGAACCUUGGGGUCCUCAUGGUUCUGCAUUGGCAGAGAUAGCGCAAGCGACAAAAAAAUUCACUGAAUGUCAGAUGGUGAUGAAUGUUCUCUGGACAAGAUUGAAAGAAACUGACCGGAACUGGCGUUUUGUCUACAAGGCAUUGGCUGUUAUAGAGUAUUUGGUGGCACAUGGAUCUGAACGUGCAGUUGACGAUAUAAUUGAACAUAGUUUCCAGAUCUCGUCACUCUCAAGCUUUGAAUAUGUUGAGCUAAAUGGGAAGGAUAUGGGAAUCAAUGUGAGGAAGAAGGUAGAAAACAUUGUGUCUCUUUUGAAUAAUAAAGAUAAGAUAAAAGAAGUUAGAAAUAAAGCUGCUGCAAACCGUGACAAGUACGUUGGACUUUCAUCAACUGGAAUAUCGUACAAGUCAAGUUCAACCUCAUUUGGUAGCAGCAGCUUGCAAAGUGGUGAUCGGUAUGGAGGUUUUGGUGGCACAAGAGAUGGUGAUAAUUUCAAGGAAAGUUAUGGAGACAAUGAUCGAUAUGGUGAAGAUAAGUUUGAUAAGAAUAAUUUUUCCAAGUCAAGUGAAGGGGUUACCAGCAAGAAUCAAGGGAAUGGCUUGAAGAAAGGGUCUACACACAGCAAGGAUCAGGAUAAAUUAAUAUCUGGUGCAUCAAAACCAGCAACAAGGAGUAAUGACCAUGAUAAGUAUGCUUCAGUUCCAUCACAAAGCUCAAGUGCACCUUCUAAUAAUUAUGAAGAUGAAUUUGAUGAUUUCGAUCCCCGGGGAACCUCUGGUGCCAAAUCUGCUGCUGGAAGCUCUAACCAAGGCGAUCUUUUUGGAGAAAGUUUGAUUGGUGACCUCAUGGAUGCACCGGCAUCUGUUCCCACAGAAAUGUCCACCGACUUUUCUGAGGUUGAUCUGUUUGCCGAAGCAACUUUUGUAUCAGCAUCACCCCACGUAGAAGCAGGGGGGAGUUCUGAGACUCAGAACAUUGUUGAUCCAUUUGCUCCUCAACCAGCUUUGUCUCCUGCAGUUUCUUCUUCAGUAAAUCUUUUUGCCGUUCCUGAUCCAAUUGUGCAACCAGAUAGCAAGUCCUCAAAAUCCGAAACAAUGAGCACAAAUGCUGUUGAUCCUUUCGCUGCAGUUCCACUGAACAAUUUUGAUGGAUCUGAUCCUUUUGGUGUAUUUACUUCUCAUACUGAUUCAUUAUCUACAGAACCUACACAAAAUCCUAUUAGCAGCCAUAACAACUUAAAUGCAAAAUCUUCAACUGAUUCUAAGCCUCCACCGUCCAAGAAGGAUACUUUCCAAGUGAAGUCUGGCGUAUGGGCAGAUUCUUUGACCCGAGGAUUGAUUGAUCUUAAUAUAUCUGCUCCCAAGAAGGUAUCUCUAGUAGACAUUGGCAUCGUCGGUGGGUUGAGCGACGGAUCAGAUGAAAGGGAGAAGGGACCCCCGACUUCAUUCUACACAGGGAGAGCAAUGGGUACAGGUUCUGGUCUUGGUAAAUCCGGUUUUACAUCAUCCACAGCAAUGGGUGGAGAUGACAUCUUCUCAAGCCUCGGCAACCAACAAUAUCAGUUUGGUGGCUUCCAAAAAUAGUUUUGCUCAUUUCUCCAUUUUUAAACCAUAUCUUUCUCGUAUUUUUAUGCGUAUGUGCAAAAAUUUGAACGAUGGUGUAUAUUUUUGUGUUUAUACAUGCAUCAAAACAAUAUAAUGAUCCAACAAGUGGUUGUUGCGGGUCAGAAUAUCUGCGAGACUUAAAAGUGUGUCCGAUAAUUGCUGGAUAGCUUCUUUUAUAGGUCCUCCAGAUUUAUGGAGACAUUGGGUGUAUCAAUUUAUUGUAACAAGACCUUUGUUAUAUCCAUCCAUUUCCAAGUGAAAUUUGGGUUUUCAGUAAACAGAA